AUGACCAUUUGUUCGGAUGGCUGCAUUUUGACUGGUCGCGCGCGCUUUGCGCCUCUAGGUCAGAAAGUUGUCUACGGGCCACCCGUGCUCGACCCAAGUAGCCAAGAUGGACAGCAGCAGCAGUAUCAGCAGCAGAACCAGCCUUUCAGGCAACAGCAAAAGCAGCAGCAGCAGCAGCAGCGGCAACAAAGACUCACGUUCAAAAAAAAAUAUGGCUCAAGCAGACGAAUAAGCACCGACAAUCAAGUUCCGAUAAAACGACGAGUGACGAGGGACGGAGCUUGGCAAGUGAGCGAACAAGCAGUGGUUCAGAGUUAUCAGCCCUUCAGUGCCUCGAGCUUGGUUCAGGAAGGAGUGCAGGCUGAACAGAAAAGUGCGAAGCUCGCCGAACUAGCGGCGUCGAGCCUGUCAGGCGUGGCCUCCGAAGCCCUCUCGGAAGCGGCAUCGCAGCAGCAAACCCAGCAGCAGGCAUCCGGUGGACCCGACACCGCCGUUUCCUCUGGUAGUUUUUACCGCGAGGCGAAUCACGAGUUCAGUCAGGUCGGUGCUGCAAGCACGCCAGUGAGUCAACAAGAGGAGCAAGGGGUCAGCUCCGAAUCUUCGCAGGAAGGAAUCGCCGUUCAAUCGAGCGAGUCAGCAGAAGCGCCGCAGCAGUCUCUACAAGAGGCGUCGAGCGAAAAUGCGCAGUCUAGCCUGUACAGUGAGCAAACCUCAGGGCAGCAGUCGGCCUCGUCAGGUACUUGGAGCGGAGGUGUCCGCCGCCAGAAGGUGGCCGCUCAGCUGGGCGGCACGAAAGGCGGAACGAAAGGCAUGCUACGCACAGUGGCGCGCACGAACGGAUGGACGCGCAACAGCCUCGGCUAUAGUGGGUAG